GACUCCAUCUCAAAAAGAAAAAAAAAAAAAAAAAAAAAAAAGAGCCUCCUUGGCAACUUUUGGCCGGAAAGAGAAGUCUGGAAGUGUGUGGGGGUCUGGGGCCACAUCACCCAGGGUGCCCUGAGGGGUGGGAAACUGGGAGAAGUUGCUAGGGAUUCCUUUCCUUAGGAAACGAAUGCCUGAGAAGGUGGAUUCGGGUGGCCCAAAGGCCCAGGAGACUCUGUUGCUAGGGAGUCUCUGGCCUUAGCAACCAGGGGAAGGAGACGCAGACCCAUCACUGAGCCCCAUUGUUGGGGAGGGUCCCCCCCCCAGUAACAAGGAGACUGGGAGGAGGUGAGACAAUGGAGGCUGGAGCCUGAGUCAGGCUCUCCCGGUCCAGGGGUCCUGAGAGAGGCUUUUGAUCUCAGGCACACCAGCCCUGCUGUCUAGGGAACGUUUCUCAGGGCCGGGUGCAGUGGCUCACACCUGUAAUGACAGCACUUUGGGAGGCUGAGGCAGGCGGAUCACCUGAGGUGUUUGCCACCUGGUCGUGGUUGUGCUCAGCCUGUGGCCAGAUACAGCUGUUGCCCCUGGGCCGCCACCUGGCCCCCCUCGAGCUUCCCCAGACCCUCGGGCCGAACUGGACAGCACCGUGCUCCUGACCCGCUCCCUCCUGGCGGACACACGGCAGCUGGCUGCACAGCUGAGGGACAAAUUCCCAGCUGACGGGGACCACAACCUGGAUUCCCUGCCCACCCUGGCCAUGAGCGCGGGGGCGCUGGGAGCUCUGCAGCUCCCGGGCGUGCUGACACGGCUGCGAGCAGACCUGCUGUCCUACCUGCGGCACGUGCAGUGGCUGCGCCGGGCGGGCGGCUCUUCCCUGAAGACCCUGGAGCCCGAGCUGGGCACCCUGCAGGCUCGGCUGGACCGGCUGCUGCGCCGGCUGCAGCUCCUGAUGUCCCGCCUGGCCCUGCCGCAGCCACCCCCAGACCCGCCGGCCCCCCCACUGGCACCCCCUUCCUCAGCCUGGGGGGGCAUCAGGGCCGCCCACGCCAUCUUGGGGGGGCUGCACCUGACACUUGACUGGGCUGUUCGGGGGCUGCUGCUGCUGAAGACCCGGCUGUGACUUGGGGCCCAGAGCCACCACCGUCCUUCCAAAGCCAGAUCUUAUUUAUUUAUUUAUUUCAGUACUGGGGGCCUAACAGCCAGGUCAUCCCCCACCAUUAUCUCCCCCUAGUUAGAGACAGUCCUUCCGUGAGACCUGGGGGGCAUCUGUGCCUUAUUUAUACUUAUUUAUUUCGGGGGGGAUGGGAGGCAGGUGGACUCCUGGGUCCCCAAGGAGGAGGGAACUGGGGUUCCAGAUUCUUGGGUCUCCAAGAAGUCUGUCCACAGACUUCUGUCCUGGCUCCUCCCCUUCUAGGCCUGGGCAGGAAUAUAUAUUAUUUAUUUAGACAAUUACUUUUCAUGUUGUGGGGUGGGGAGGGAAGCCUGGGGUUUUGUACAAAAUGUGACAAACCUUUGCGAGACAGAGAACAGGGAAUUAAAUUUCAUAC